UUGUAUUCCGAUAUUGUAUUGUCGUAAAGCUUCAGAAUCGACUCGGGUCUGCCAGCUAUCGUUAGUAACGUUACAGGGAGACAACGCCUGGUUGAGCUUUGCGCUCCGGCGACAACAAAAGAGCAAUCAUGACGAGGGGAAAUCAGCGUGAGCUUGCCCGUCAGAAGAAUGCUAAGAAGCUAAAUGACCAUACCAAAGGGAAGAGAAAUGACGAUGGCCUCUCAGCAGCUGCCCGUAAGCAAAGAGAUGCUGAAAUCAUGCAGCAGAAGCAAAAAAAGGCAAAAGAGAAGGUGGACCCUAAAGGCAAUUAACCAGUGGCUGGCGCUGUGACCGACAUGGCAUCCUGAUUUUUUUUUUUUUUUUUGUCAAGAGAGUAUCUGUCAUUGUGUAGAUGUGGAGACUUUGAUUCUUUAAUGUUUCAUCCCAAACAGUACAUAAUGAUUUGUGCUCAGCUGUUGAGGAGAGAGUUUCUUAUGUUCAAAUAAUCAGAGCAAGCCCAAAUAAUGGGAGUCUCAAAAAUGUUUGGACUUGCAUUGUAAUCUUGUAUUUUUGUAUCAAGUGCCCUUCUUAAUAAAAAGUACAUUUUAAUUCACACCUA